AUGGUGAUCAUAUUCCCUAUUUUCUUUGUUUUUGUUGUUUUUCUGAGUAUAUCAUGUGGCAAAAUGUAUGACAUAAAACAUUUAUCACAAACUGAGCAGAAACUUGCAUUAAAUUUAAUUCAAAUAUAUGAAAAUACAAAAAGUGCUGAAGAGGAAUUUUAUAAAAAAUUUGAAAACUGGAUACAAAUAUUUAGUGAAGUACAACCAAAAGAUAACAAGGAGAAUGAUGGAAAUAAAAAAGAGGGUUUAUUUAAUACUAAUACUAUUUUGGAUUCUAAAUCAGAAAAUAAACAAAAAUAUAUUAAUGAAUCUCAAAUAUCAUCGUCUUCUUUUGUCCAAAUAAAAUCAAAAGGUCCAGUAGAAGAGGAAACAAUAUGGAGAGCUUUAUAUGACACUCAAUUAAAGCGAUCCCCACCAACUGAAAGCAUACAUGUAUUUUCUUUAGAAAAUAUAGAAAACGAAUAUGAAGAAGCCAAAUUAUCUGCAUUUGUAUCACAAAUAGAUAUGAUGAGAAAUAAUUUUGAAAAAAAUUUACAUUAUAUGAAUGAAGAGUUGCCACGAAAAAAAAGAAUAAUGGAUAUAAUUAAAACAGCUAAUUUGUUGGAAACCGACUUAAGCAAAUUGUACAAAAAACACACCUACAAAUAUGAUGUUCCUAAAAAAAUAUAUGGAACAAAAGUUUCUUGUUAA